GCCUGUAAAAAAGGCUCAGCAGGGUCUCCAGCCGACAUCCAGCCACCAUGGAGCUGCGUCUCUCCCUGCUGCUUCUCUGCUUGACGUCGAGCGCUUCUGGAGGAAACAUCUUAGUAUGGUACACUGAAGCCAGCCACUGGAUAAACAUGAAGCCGCUCCUGGAGACUCUGGUGGACAGAGGACACAGCGUGACCGUCCUGGUCCCAAGCACGUCCAUGUUCAUGAGCACCAAGGAACCGGCCCACUUCCACUACCUGCCGUUUAACGUCUCCGUUUCCCUUGAGGACAUGGAGAACUAUCUAGAAGAACUGUUACACUUCAGCAUGUACGAGAUGGAUUACAUGAACUACUUCCAAAUCUACAAGAAGUUCAUUGAUCUUAUGGAGUUCGAAAUGAGCUAUUCCUUAGAUUAUUUGGACGGUGUGGUGAAAUCCGAAACGACAAUGAAGAAGCUGAAGGAGGGACACUUUGACCUUCUCCUGUCUGACCCCAUCUAUCCGGGCAGUGACUUAGUGGCUGACAUUUUAGGACUUCCUCUGGUGCUUUCCUUACGUUUCAGUAUGGUCAAUAACUGGGAAAGAUACUGCGGUCAGCUUCCUUCUCCCCCGUCCUUCGUGCCCGCCAGUAUGAGCAAACUGACGGACAAGAUGGACUUCUUCGACAGAGUGUGGAACUUCCUCUUCUAUGCUUUAAAUGAUGUCGUCCUAGAACCGAUUUACUGGACCCGGGUUGAUAAAUAUUACUCUGAGGUCAGAGGAAUGCCCACCAAUGGCUGCCAGUUGAUGGGGAGAGCGGAUAUUUGGUUGAUACGAACAUACUGGGACUUUGAGUUCCCUCGCCCAUUUCUUCCCAACUUUAAGUUUGUUGGUGGGAUCCACUGCCGACCUGCGAAACCUUUACCAAAGGACAUGGAAGAAUUUGUCCAGAGUUCUGGAGAUGCCGGCAUUGUGGUCUUUACGUUGGGAUCCAUGAUCAAGAACAUCACGACGUCAAAGGCAAACAUGAUAGCCUCAGCCCUCGCUCAGAUUCCUCAGAAGGUAGUCUGGAGAUACAGCGGGGAGAAACCAGUAACGUUGGGUCCCAACACCAAACUUUAUGACUGGAUUCCUCAGAAUGAUCUACUGGGUCAUCCAAAGACGAGAGCCUUCAUCACCCACGGUGGCACCAACGGCCUCUAUGAGGCCAUCUACCACGGCGUUCCCAUGGUGGGCAUCCCCAUGUUUGCUGACCAGCCGGACAACAUGAACCACAUGAAGGCAAAAGGAGCUGCAGUGAUCCUCAACCUGAACUUCAUGACCAGCGAGGACUUCAGGGACGCCAUCAACACCGUCGUCAACGAUAAAUCCUAUAAAGAAAACGCGAUGCGGCUGUCCGGGAUCCAUCACGACAGACCCAUGAGCGCCCGGGACGAGGCCGUGUUCUGGAUCGAGUUCACCAUGAGAAACAAGGGAGCCAAGCAUUUACGGGUCCACUCCCACAAGCUCACCUGGUACCAGUACCACAGCCUGGACGUCCUGGUGGCCUUCCUCUGCUUGGACCUCUUCCUCAUCUUCCUCUUCAUCGGGACCUGCAGGUUCUGUUUCAGGAGAUGCUGUGGCAGCAAAGCAGUCAAGACGAAGGCGGAGUGAGGAUUCAGCCGAGACGGGGAUAGAAAACUCACGGUUCAGUAAACAGACUGGGAUUUUAAGUGUGGGGGGGGGGGGUGUCUGUAAUCACUACAACUUUGAGCAGGUUUGUCCACCUGCAUCUCAUUUACCACACCUGAGGUCCAUCUGGCAUCAGAGGCUGAAGCCUCAUUGGCUGAUGGACGAUUUGGAAACAAAAAAAAACCAGACAGAUUUUUUUUGCUUUUAGUUGAAAAAUAAUUGUCAACCCACCACUUUACAAGCUCAUAUUUGAAAAAGAAAGAUAAGCCUCAAAUCCCUCUGCAUACAAAAAAAGACACAUUUAACUAAAUAAGUGACAGAACUUAAAACAAAACUCCAUAUUUAAAUCUGAAUCUGGCAGUGAGAGCUUCAUCUUUUCAUUUUUCCGUCUUCCUUGACCCUCCACAGCAUCAGCUCCAUGCAGGCAGCUGCAUCCUCUGCAGUGUCGUGGCCACAAACUGGGAGAAACGGCAAACAUUGAGUCUCACCUGUUCAGCUCUUCCAAAUGUAUUUUUAAAAAGGACAAAUGUCUUUAUUCAACGGAACGACGAAAAGAAGCUCGGGAACGUCCCCCCCGUGGGCAGCGGACCCUCCCACGCUGCACACCCACCGCUUUCCUGGAUGAUCCUCCGGAGGUGUUCGGCCGUCAGGUGUUUGAGGCUGAGCCUGUGGGGGGGGCCCAGGCGGUGGGGGAAGACCACCGACGUGUCCACGACCUUCCCGUGAAGCAGCUAGAGCACAAUAAAAACUCCUCAAACUGCUUUCAUUUCUACAGGAUGAUCGGAAACUGAUCAGUCGCAUUGCAUCAUGGGAGAAAAUAUAUUUGUACCAUGUGUAUUUGAGUUUUCAUAUUAGUUAUAAAUGUUUAACUUAAAAGCAAUAAAAACUCAAAAGUA